AUGUCUGAGGCGGCUUUUUUCUACAACUUCACCACCCAAAUUCCGGACCGCUCCAAAGCACCUUCUGCACAUACAAAUAUCUCGGUCCAUUCUCAGGCCCAGCCGGUGCAACACACCAGCGUCUUUCGAAAAUCCCAUCGGUCCUCCAAGUCCAGCUCGAACUCGAAGUCGAACUCGAACUCGAAAUCGACGUCGGACUCGGUCGAGCAGCAGCCAGAAUCAUUGACCUAUUCCACCUCCAAUUCCUACUACUUCUCCUCGGUCACAGAGCAGCCCACCACCACCACCUCCACCUCCACCACCACACCUUCAAAGGGAGCGCGCGAUCGUAUGUAUAUUCCAUCGACGCCUCUCCCUGAUUACAAGCACGCCGCCAACCAAUCGUCCAAAGCGCGCUCGCAAACCCAGGCGCUCGCGCAGGGCAGCAACCGAAAAUCCUCGUCGACCGGUGGCUCCUCGCGAAGCAAACAUGCCAUCUCCAUAGCCGAAUCGCCGGCUACCUUCGUCACGCGGAGCGACGCCGUGGGUCGGUCCAGCAGCAUCUCCAGCAAUACGGCAUCCAGUGGGCUGCUGACGGCCGUGACGUCCCACGACGCUGCCCCCGCCGAUGUCCUACUCACCAACCCCUUCGUGCUACGCAAUGGGCGUCGCUGUCUGCGCGACCCAGCGUAUCCGCUGCCCAGUGAUCUACAUGAGAUCCAUCGCCAGACGCUGAGGACCAUGGUCUUCUGUCAGGUCUUCAAUGGGCCGCUUUGCUCGCCGAGUUUUAGGGAUCAUCCCCCGAAGAAAGUGCUGGAUGUUGGCUGUGGGACGGGCUUUUGGAGUAUCAUGUGUCACCGGCAUUUCUCGCAGAAGGGGUGGAAUGAUGUGUCUUUUACGGGCAUGGAUCUUGCGCCCCUGGCGCUGACUUUGGAUUCAGAAGAGGAUAUGAAUUGGCGUUUCGUGCAGCAUGAUAUUACCAAAUGUCCGUGGCCCUUCCAGGACGACUCGUUCGAUUUAAUCUUCAUGAAGGACAUGAGUUUCUGCGCUCCCGUGGGGGGAACGCUACAAAUCACUCUCAUGGAUGAGUUUAUACGUGUUGUCAAACCUGGGGGCACGGUAGAAGUCUGGGAUGGAGAUCAUGUCAUUCGAUUACUCUUACCCCACGACGUCCCCUCCGAGACGGAGUCCGCGGAUGAAAUUACAAAUGAGGACCAGGCUCAUGCUAAUGCCAUGGGUGUCUACAAACUCAAGCCGCAAACCCCCCUCGCAGAACCCCAGAAUCAAUAUCUCCUAGACUUCAACAGUUACGUAAUCAAUGCGCUAGAAGCGAAGAACCUUACAUCUAUACCUUGUACCUACACCGCCUCCAUGCUCCUCCAAGAAGAAGAGCUCAUCGAUGUCGGCCUGAGGAGACUGGCCAUCCCAUUAGGUGAAGUGAGGUGGGAGAGGGAAGGCGUAGGCGGGAUGAAUGGGAAGGGCAAGGAGGGAGAGCGGAGGAUCUUGACGCCUGGACAAGCGGCGAUAAGGAGGACGGCGCUGUUGACUCUGGUGAAUUUCAUUGAGAGCAUGGAGCCUCUUUUGCGGGCAGCGAGUGGGAAGGGACAGGAUGAGUGGGAUCGGUGGGGGGAGGCUUUCAUGACGGAUUUGUUGGGGAAUAAUGGGACGGAAUUCGGCGAGUGUUUGGAGAUUGGGGCCUGGUGGGCGAAGAAGAAGAAGAGGUGA